CUCGUGGAGAAUAUGGAUGCGUUCUGGGAAUGCUGUGAUAGUAGUGGCGGAGAGGUGGGCCGCGCACACUACACCGGCCUGGAGCUGAGUCUUGUGCCUGCGCACAGACGUCACCGCAUCUCCACGUGGAUUCGCAACUCCGCGCACGGACAUUAUCCCCCACGCCGUCACUCUUCUGCCCUACUACCUCGACCCGGUGAGCCUGAGUACGGCCGUCUUCAGGAAGUACCUACCACCUAAGGUCUACAAUGCCACUCCAAUAUUGGCCUCAACUAUGAGGAGGAGAAAAGAAAACCCUGGCUUUCACAGCUGCGCUUUCCGACAUCACAGCCUUGCGCUAGGGAGCAUUCAAUCUAUUGACAGCAUCAUAACACCUUCUUGGUUUGACAGACUCUCUACGCGGAGUUCGCCGUGAAGCGAACACAGUUGUUCAGAAGGUACCAUAACGUGCUC